GCGCGCUCGAGGAAAAGCCCGCCGCGAGUGAACCGUCGAAAUGCCUGCCAAGGUCAGUACAACUCAACCCGUUCCCACGCGGACGUCCACGCGUCGCCGCGACCCCCGCGCCCGUCGCCCUCGCCCUCGCUCGCGGGUCGGCACUGCAAUCGUGAUGACGUCAUCUCGAGACUGACGCGGUACCCCGCGCGUUCCCCACCGUCACGACAGAAAACGGCCGCGAAGUCGACGACGCUGACGCCGUACGAGAAGGAACGCGCGGACAGAGUCGAGAAGAACGCGGCGAGGAUGAAGGAGCUCGGCGUCGCCGCCGUCGCCGCGAAGGUGGCGCCGAAAAAACCGACGAAGACGGCGACGAAACGAAAACCGACCGAGCCGGCGACGCCCUCGCGGAAGAGCUCGCGGGCGAGGAAAGAGGUCAGCUACAAGGAGCCGAGCAUGGCGGAGUUCGAACAAGCGGUCGCGGCGCUGGGGUCGUCCGAGCGCGAGAGAGACGCGGCGAAGGACUUCUUCGCGAAGGAGAGCAAGUCCGGAUACGACCCGAAGCCUCCGGGCGCGUCGGUGAAACCCGCGUUGGACCUGAGCGAAGGCGUUCGCGAUAAGAAGACGGGUCACUUGGUGUUCAAAGACCACCCAGAGUUCACGCCGAACUUGACCCCGAGGCAGGUGAUCCAGGCCGGGACCUGGGGCGGGUGCUACUUCCACCCCAGAGGCGGCAAGCCCGGGGUGAAAAACCCGAAAGAGGGCGUGAAGAUCACGCACGAGGAGUUCCCGAAAGCGUGGUUCGCGGGGCUGAAACCGGAGCAAUACAGAAACCGGCGGUACGACAAAACGAAGAACAAAUACGGCGUCAACGCGGGUCAGGACCAGGCGUACUGGGAAGAGAAAGGGUGGAUCAUCCCCCAAGACCCGAGAGGGUGGUUCCAGUGGUACUGCCGCUUUUACGAGGGGAGGCGCACGGCGGACGACGCUCGACAGAUAUCGCGUUGGGUCGGCGUCGCGGGGGGCAAAGGGCGGUGGAAGACAAACCUGUGUAAGAAGUGCGUGUACGCGAACAAGCGGUACGACGACCCGUCCGUGUCCCCGGUCGUGAGGCAGACGAUGCUGCACUGGGCGUACGAGAUCACGGAGGCGGACGUCAAGGGGGUGAUGAAGCGCAUGUGAACGCGAACGCGAGCAGGACGAAAAGGAAAGAACCCGCCGAUGGGAUGUAGUAUAAACGAUGCGCGUUACACG